CAGGGGGUGUGACCAACGGCUGCUGUAGCUGCUGCGGCUACAACCAGAAGAGAGACACACGCAGAACAGUACGGCAGUUUGUGGACACACUCCUCACAACAGUUGUAUUUUUAUCCAACAAACGGAUAUUUUACCAUAACACGCACCCGGGCCGAUUGGGAACUCCUGCUGCCCUGUCUGGAAGAUCAUCCUCACUGAACCUGGAUCAGCUUCCCUCCUUUUCAUCCCACCAAUAGCCUAGAGGACAAACUACUUUCUGGAGCAGCUGUAGAUCUACGCAGAAAGAGGGGCACCUCACAUGGGAGUGUGUGACUGUGUGUGUGAAGGUGUGUGUUCAGGCCUCCAGCCGUCGCCCGCUGUUCCCGGACAGGCAUGGCGGGGGUCCGAGAGCGCGGCUCCCGCACACAGAGGCCGUGGUCGGUGUACCGGGCCAACACAUUCGAGCUGUCCAACGAGAUGAUCGGCUUGGCUCUCGCAGGAAACAGUCAGGACCCAGAUGAGCCUGUGCUUGAGUUCAGCGUAGCCUGCACAGACCUGCUGACUCCUGCUUUGGAUCGGAAACCCAACAGCUUUGUAGCAGUGAGCUGCACGACACCACCGCAGGCCUUCUGGACCAAACACGCCCAGACCGAAGUCAUAGAGGGCACCAGUAACCCCAUCUUCCUCAGCAGCAUCGCCUUCUUCCAGGAGUCCAACAUCAACCAGCAGACGCAGGUCAAGCUGGCCGUCUACGACGUCAAGGACCGCUCACAGGGAACGAUGUAUAUGUUGGGCUCUGCACUUUUUCCUGUUAAGGAGUUGUUGCAAGAGAGGAGCCACAGAUUACGACUCGAACUGAGAUCAGCAGAGAACGAGCGGGUGGGGAACAUCAGCAUAGCUGCGUGGCAGAUGGAGGAGAGAGCCGAUCAGAGGAUGUCGGUCAGCCGCCUGCCAGACAGCAUCAAUGGGCGGACGAUGCUGCCUGUCGACCAGAGCCUCACCGAGUCGAUGGGAGUCCGAAUCAAGUACGCCUCGCUAUGCAAAGACACCCUGCUGCGCUCAGUGUUUGGAGGCACCAUGUCUAGAAUGUACCGCUUCCCCACGACUGAUGGGAACCACCUACGGGUGCUGGAGCAAAUGGCUGAGAGCAUCCUCUCAUUAAACAUCCCCAGACAGUUUGUCAAACUGCUGCUGGAGGAGGACACAGCCAGGGUGUGUGAGCUGGAGGAGCUGGGAGAGUUGUCCCCUUGCUGGGAGAAUCUGCGGCGACAGAUUGUCUCUCAGUACCAGACCAUAAUACUUGCAUACCAGGAAACACUGUCUGACCUCAAUGACUACAGAGGUCCAUCGUUUAAAGCCAGUAACCUGAAGGCAGAGAGGAAGCUCGAGUUCAUGCCAACCAACCUACACGUUCAGAGGAUGAGGGUGCACGAUGAGCUGGGCUUCGAACACACGUAUGAUGUGAUAACAAUAGGAGCUCCGGCCGCUCACUGCCAAGGUUUUAAAAACAGCGGUUUGAGGAAACUCAUCCAGAAAUUUGAGGAGGCAAAGAAACACGUAUAUGAGGAGGAAUGCAGCGCCCUCUCUAGCUCGCAGUCCAUCGUCUACAUACCCCAGGACAUCGUCCGCGCCAAAGAGAUUAUCGCCCACAUCAACACGCUGAAGACUCAGGUCAGCUACUACGCAGAGAGGCUUUCCCGAGCUGCCAAGGAUCGAUCUGCCAGUGGACUGGAGAGGACACUUGCUAUUCUGGCUGAUAAGACUCGUCAGUUGGUGACGGUAUGCGACUGUAAGCUGCUGGCUACAGCUAUUCAGGCCCUAAACGCAGCACGGCCCGAGUACAUCGCAUCCAAAGCGUCUCCCUCCGCUGACUCGGAACAAGUAGUCCUGCGUAACGACCAGGACACGCUGCUUGCCAAAUGGAGUGGUAGCAACAGCCGAUCCUCGCUGCACGUAGACUGGCAUGAAGAGGAGUGGGAGAAGGUUUGGGUGAAUGUGGAUAAAUCUCUGGAGUGCAUCAUCCAGCGUGUUGACAAGCUGCUUCAGAAGGAGAGGAGGCCCAGCGUCAGCAGUCAGGACAGUACACAGACUGACCUGCAGGGCGGCGCCAGUAGGAAAGACGAGGAAAAGGAAGGGAAAAGACGAGCUUUCUGGAUCAACCCAGGAAGUAUACCAUCAUUACCUUCAUCAUCAUCACCUCCACGAUCAUCAUCACCACCACCAUCCUCUUCCUCUCUGCCUGCCCUCUACUCUGCACAAGAAUUCUAUGGAAGCCCUAGUGCUGAGGAGACGUAUCCAGGCGAGUGGAGCGAAGCGUUGUACCCUCUCCUCACUACACUCACAGAGUGCGUUGCCAUGAUGAGUGACAAGGCCAAAAAGUCCAUGGUCUUCCUGCUGAUGCAGGACAGCGCCCCGACCAUAGCCAUGGACCUGUCGCUGCAGUACCGGCGUGAUGUGGUCUUCUGCCAGACGCUCACUGCUCUCAUCUGCGGCUUUAUUAUCAAACUGAGGAACUGUCUCCGUGACAACGGAUUCCUCCGACAGCUCUACACCAUCGGCCUGCUGGCUCAGUUUGAGUCUCUGCUCAGCACCUACGGAGAGGAGUUGGCCAUGUUGGAGGACAUGAGUGUCGGCAUCAUGGAUCUUCGCAAUGUCACCUUUAAGGUGACCCAGGCCACGGGCAGCUCGGCCCCCGACAUGUUGCCGAUCAUCACCGGGAACCGGGACGGCUUCAACGUCCGCAUCCCGCUGCCGGGAACCAUGUUUGACGCGUUACCCCGGGAGAUCCAGAGCGGCAUGCUGCUGAGGGUCCAGCCAGUGCACUUCAACGUCGGCAUCAACGAGCAGCAGACACUGGCUGAGAAGUUUGGAGACACAUCCCUGCAGGAGAUCAUUAACUUGGAGAGUCUCUCGAGGCUGAAUUCAUACUACGAACAGUUCAAAGAAGUCCUGCCUGAAGACUGUCUCCCGAGGUCUCGUUCUCAGACUUGUCUCCCUGAGCUGCUGAGGUUUCUGGGGCAGAACGUCCACGCAAGGAAAAACAAGAACGUGGACAUCCUCUGGCAGGCAGCCGAGAUCUGCCGCCGGCUGAACGGGGUUCGUUUCACCAGCUGCAAAAGCGCCAAAGACCGGACGGCCAUGUCGGUGACCCUAGAGCAGUGCCUGAUCCUGCAGCACGAGCACGGCAUGGCGCCGCAGGUCUUCACGCAGGCCCUCGACUGUAUGCGCAGCGAGGGCUGCAGGCGAGAAAACACCUUGAAGAACGUUGGAUGCCGAAAGUAUGCGUUUAACUCGCUGCAGCUCAAGGCCUUCCCCAAACAUUACCGACCCCCUGACGGCACCUACGGGAAAGUCGAAACCUGAUUGGACCUCUGCGUAAGGAAUGUGACUGGACAGUAUAGCUGUGUUUUGAGAAGGCCGAGAUCAGACUCGGUACAUUAAAGAUACUGUGUUUAGAAAUGUCAGCUGGUUACUGUAUCAGAGGUUUUGGAUUAGGUUUAUUUGAAGGUAAACUCAGUGAUUCAGUGUCACACUAAUAAAUAGUUGCACCUUCCUUUAAAAAACUCGCAGAUUUCUACCACCUUGGUAUGGAACUGUUGUAACUGGGUUUUUUUUGUAUAACAGUAGUUGCUUAUGCCAUAUCAUGCAUAACACGCUGACUACAAGAAUUUUUCCCUUGGUAGUGUCGAGCUCUAGGGUUUUUAUUUCUUACUAUAAAAAUGUAUAUAAACAGCACUGCCUCACCCCUGAUCAAGGACUGCUCUACUGUAACCAGUAUCAACCACACAAACAUUUAUAUUUAUGCUCCACAAUGUGAAUCAUUAAAACCACGUUUAAAUUCAGUUAUAUAUAAAUAAAACAGUUAUGCAUUGUCAGCCCACAGUUUUUGGACACAUUUGUUUUUUUUUUUACUCCAUUCAUUAUGUCAGCAAGUAUCUGUCUAUGCAGUUAGGAUAUUUUCUAAAGCCUUGCAUAAAAUAUUUAGGCUUUGAUAUUUAUAAUUGUGGGGGGGGGACGACUCGUCAUUCAGAGGAUAAGGUUUGUGUAAAUUUAUAUUUUUAAUUGUUGUCAACAAAUCUCAUAAACAUACCAAAGACAGUGGCUCUCAGCCCCAAGCCCAAGAUGUUAAUCUUCAAAAAUGUAUCACAAAUAUAUUUUUGUUUUUAAAAAAAAAAUGAAUUAAUUACUGGAGUUUGGGACAGCAAUAGAGUAGGGCUGGGUUUAAAAAAAUGUUCAAACUGAUCUUCCUGAACGGUCUGAUAUUGAUUCAUAAAUAUCUCAAAAUGGAUCUUGUAACCCUAAUAGACUUAGGUGACCGCGAUCCCAGCCAACAUCUCCGUCUUUAAAACGCUCUGUUUUAAUAUAAUAUUUUUAUCAUAUGAAACUAGAUGGGAAUGGGGCUAAUAACGCUCCAAAGCAAGGCAACAUUUUGGUUAAGGUAAAGCUAGGAUGAUUGGCUUUAGGUAUUUACAGUCUCUGCAGCACGCCCUCGGCCCUAAGAAGGCCAUUUUUCUCUGGUCACUACUCACUGUCUAUAGAGUCUGUAUGGUUGCACUUUGUUGUGUUGACUGCUGUAGUGUGUUCAUUUUAAAUAAAAGUACAUUUAUGUAACAAUUCUUAAUGUAAACAAUAUUUUAUUAUUGCACCAUGUUAGGGUGAGGCUGAGAACCUCUUUCAUAUCCAAGCAGAAUUGGUAUUGUAAAUGAAAUAUCCUUAAUUAAAUCAAUAUUGAAUCAAAUCAGCAAUUCACCUUGUGAAUCAGAAACAGUUUUGUAUAUUUGCUGAAAAUAAAAAUAUAAAGUAAAGGUGGCCUUAUAUUAGGAGUUGUCACUUCACAGACUGAAAUGUUAAGUUUCCUGCUCUUUGUUAUCCUCACAUUUCCCUUUGCAUAGUUCGAAAACACUGAUCGGAAACGAGUAGCACCAUUAGCAUCAAGCAAAAAAGCCACAGGAACGCUACCAACUCUGAAGUUUCCAUUAGCAAAACAUCUGAAAGGAGAAGUCACUUUGUUGAUGGUGAUCACUGAAACAUUACAGCUUGUUAAGAACAGCGAGGAUAGCUGUAGGAACUAUAACUCAGUAUAAGGUGAAGCAAAAGGUUUCAGAAAAUUGGAUGAAAUAAACUAACUAACUAAUUAACCAAGUGUCUUCAGUAUGUGAUGUAUGAGUAGGAGAGUCUGCAGGCUGCACCUCUUCAUCCCACCUUUUGUUUCUAUACAAUUUAUAUUUACUGCUUAUGAUAAAGAACACUUGGCAUUUUUAUUAUUAUUUUAAAUUUUAAGAAACAGAUUUUUUUUUUUUUUAAAUAUACAUUUCUACUUGAGGCUGGGGCACAUGUUAUGGACAUUUCCUUCAUUGAGGACAAAGGGAAACAUUUGUUUGUAUUGUAUCACUUAUUUGUAGUUCUUUUCCUCACACUCCCUUGUGAAUGAAACUGCCACGUGUAUUUGCAGUGAUCAGUAACGCAGGGGGGGAGUCACUGCUGUGAAACCACAUCCCAGCUCCAUCAUCUGUGAUUAGCCACACUGUCCCAUUCACUGCUGAAGACAAUCCUACUGUAGACCACUUGUAUUCUUCAAUCAAAGAAGUACUUUUUGUUCUGUCAACAUACUGUGUAGUAUAUUUGGCAUUUUAUUGAGAUUACAGAUUCUAUCAAUCUGAGAACAUCUGUGAAGGUUUGACUGUAGCUGUAUGUAAAUUGUAACUUGUAAGUAUCCGAUGCUGAAAUAAAUAUAAAAUUGA